AUGUCCUUGCUUCCCUUUCUCAUCCUUCUAGUGCUGUGGUGCACAGGUUCAGACUCUCAGCCUGUGCUGACUCAGACCCCAUCAGCAUCACUGUCACCAGGGAGCACCAUGAAGCUCUCCUGCACCAUGGGCAGCGGGUUCAGCAUCAGUAGCUACUACAUAUACUGGUACCAGCAGAAGCCUGGCAACCCCCCAAGAUUCCUUGUACGAUAUUAUUCAGAUUCCAAUGUGAUUCAGGGCUCCGGGGUCCCCUCUCGUUUCUCAGGGUCCAAAGACACAUCUGCAAACAUCUGUUAUUUAACCAUUACGGAAUCCCUGGUGGAAGACGAAGCUGAUUAUUACUGUGCUACCGGUCAUGGCAGUGGUAGUACCUUUCAGUAA